AUGGAAAAGUGGGACAUUUCCCAAUUUAAGUUUAAAUCUUUGCCUCGCAAUACCGUUAAGAACGAAUGGAUCAAGUAUAAGAGAAACCUUGAUUUCAUAAUCGCGGCUACAGGGGAAACUGAUCGCACCCGAAUCAAAAACAUUUUUUUGGCGAAAGCCGGACCGGAUUUGCAAGAGAUAUUUGCUUCCAUUCCCGGGGCAGAUGUACAGGAAGAUGAAGCGAAAACAGUCGAUCCAUUUGCGGUGGCAAUAAGCAAGUUGGAUGAAUACUUUUCGCCAAAGCAACAUGAGACAUACGAGCGGAACAUCUUUUGGACACUGAAACCAGAUGAAGAGGAGCCACUAGGAAAAUUUAUGCUCCGAUGUCAAGAACAGGCUACAAAGUGCAACUUUGGUAAUAAUGCCGAAGACAGCCGAGCUAUCAGCGUAGUUGACAAGGUAAUUCUGUAUGCACCGAGCGACCUUAAAGAACAGCUGCUUCAGAAGGACGUUUUAAAACUGGACGAUGUCACAAAAAUUGUCAGCUCCUAUGAAUCUGUAAAAUUGCAGGUGAAAUCAAUGAACCUUCCGGGACCGAGUUAUUCCAGUGCGCCGGAUUUCAUAUCAUCAUCGAAUAUCAAUAAGAUCAAACUCUCGAAUAAUGUAUGCACACGAUGCGGUCGAAAUGGUCAUUUCGCGAAUAAUUCGGUUUGCCCGGCGCGGUCCAAAGAAUGCAUUAAAUGCAAACGUAUCGGACAUUUUGCUGCCCAAUGCCACUCGGUCUCUGUACUGAAACGCAAACCGUGUUUAAGGCAAGAAUCGCAAAGACCUAAUAAACGAUUCAAGUAUCAUCGGAUAAACGAAAUCGAAACCCCAAAUGAUGGGAAAGGCAACAAUUUUCUGUUCAGUAUUAGCGAUGGUGGCGAAACGAUUCGGAUCAAAUUGGGUGGCGUAGUUUUGCAAGUACUCGUGGACUCUGGAUGUACAAAAAAUAUUGUCGAUGAAUGGUCUUGGAACUAUAUCAAAGCGAACGGAGCAAAAAUAUGGAACCAGUUGAAGAACUGCGAUGAAGUGUUCCUUCCAUAUGGGGAAAAUGCGAAGCCCUUAACGCUCUUGGGAAAAUUCGACACAACUGUAUCAAUUAACGAUGCUGGUAGGAUUUUCGAAAAGGACGCUACAUUUUAUGUAGUCAAAGGGGGUCAACAGUGUUUAUUAGGGCGGGUCACAGCUACCGACUUGGGCGUUUUAGUUAUCGGGUUACCGAGUACCCACGGGGUGAAUACAAUUACACCCACAGGAGUUCAACCAUUUCCUAAGAUCAAGGGUGUCCAGGUGAAAAUUCCGAUCGAUGGAACGGUACCACCGGUCUGCCAACAACCGAGGAGGCCCCCAAUCGCACUCAUGACGAAAAUUGAAGACAAAUUAAAUUCGUUGCUUGCCAGUGAGAUCAUAGAACGGGUGGAGGGUGGCUGUCCAUGGGUCUCACCGUUGGUAACAGUGGUAAAGGACAACGGAGAUCUUCGCUUAUGCGUGGAUAUGCGCAGAGCGAAUGUGGCUAUCAUACGGGAACGGCACAUUAUGCCAACAAUAGAAGAUUUCCUACCGAGAUUCACGUCUGCGAAGUGGUUCAGCCGGCUUGAUGUCAAAGAAGCGUUUUAUCAGGUGGAGCUUGAUAGUGAGAGUCGCUACAUAACCACAUUCAUUACCCACAUGGGACUUUUUCGGUACCAACGCUUGAUGUACGGGGUGGCUUGUGCCCCAGAGCUCUUUCAAAGAAUUCUUGAGCAAAUCUUGAGUCCUUUCAGUAAGAAUGUGGUCAACUUCAUAGACGAUAUCCUAAUUUUUGCUAGUACGGAAAAAGAACACGAUGAAGUACUCCAUGCAGUGCUGUCGACGAUGAAUGAAUACGGUAUACUACUGAAUCAGAGUAAAUGCGUGUUCAAGGUUGCCCAACUGGAAUUUCUAGGACACGUCGUAUCAUCGGACGGAAUCUAUCCUUCGAACAACAAGGUAGAAGCUCUUCAAAGAUUUCGAGCACCUACAACCGCGGAGGAAGUUCGCAGUUUCCUGGGUUUGGUUACGUACAUCGGUCGAUUUCUGCCAAAUCUAGCGACAAUAACUGCUCCGCUCCGUGAAUUAACCCAUGCUGGGGUUAACUUUGCCUGGGGAUGCGAACAACGUACGUCUUUUGCUAAACUCAAGGACAUGAUUGGGAACGUACACCAUUUACGAUUUUUCGAUAACAGUAUGCGAACAAGGGUUGUAGCGGAUGCCUCACCAGUUGCUCUUGGGGCAGUUCUUUUACAAUUUGAAGGACCCACCGAUGAUAUUCCCCGGCCAAUCGCUUACGCCAGCAAAAGUCUGACAGCGACAGAAAAACGUUACUGCCAGACAGAAAAAGAAGCUCUCGCUUUAGUCUGGUCUGUGGAGCGAUUUUCCAUCUAUCUCAUAGGACGCAAGUUUGAGCUGGAAACAGACCACAAACCUUUGGAAGCGAUUUUCAAACCCACUUCAACACCAUGUGCACGAAUCGAACGAUGGGUGCUUAGGCUUCAGUCGUUUUCGUUUGUUGUGAAAUACCGUAAAGGCAUAAGUAAUGUAGCCGAUCCAUUGUCACGGUUGGUCGAGGAACAAGAACCAGAAGAGUUCGAUGCUGAAAGCAAGUUCAUGGUACUAACCGUUUUAGAAUCAGCAGCGAUCGAUGUGCAGUUGCUGGAAGAUAUGUCCAGUACUGAUGCUACUUUGGAGGCUGUAAAGCAGUGUUUACAAACUGGGUGUUGGGAUGCCCAACAAGUUAAGUCGUUUGCUCCUUUCAAGAACGAAUUGUGA